CAGAGAAACGUCAUCAGUCAGCGACUCAACCAAGAGAGCAAACGCCACAUUUCUGUAGCGCCAAAUAAUAGUGUCAAUUUUUUUGCCUUAUCGAGUCGUACACACAACCACAUUUGAGGCAUAGAUUUCUCCCGACGUCAACCCACCAUGAGUUUGUUUGGGACAAGCGCCGGCUUUGGAACAGGAGGGACCGGUGUGUUUGGAAGCACAACGACAGAUAGCCAUAAUCCCAUGAAGGAUGUUGAGGUGACUUCUCCACCAGAUGACAGCAUCAGCUGCCUGGCGUUCAGUCCUCCCACCAUGCCAGGGAACUUCCUCAUUGGGGGAUCCUGGGCCAACGAUGUUCGGUGCUGGGAGGUACAAGACAAUGGACAGACUGUCCCCAAGGCCCAACAGAUGCACACUGGCCCGGUGCUAGAUGUGUGCUGGAGCGAUGAUGGGAGCAAAGUGUUCACAGCUUCAUGUGACAAGACAGCCAAGAUGUGGGACCUUAACAGCAACCAGGCAAUGCAGAUCGCACAGCAUGAUGGUCCAAUCAAGUCAAUCCACUGGAUAAAAGCACCCAACUACAGCUGUAUCAUGACCGGCAGCUGGGACAAAACAUUGAAGUUCUGGGACACUCGCUCUCCCAAUCCCAUGAUGUCUCUGCAGAUGCCCGAGAGAUGCUACUGUGCAGAUGUUGUGUACCCUAUGGCAGUGGUGGCUACAGCUGAGAGAGGCCUAAUCGUCUACCAGCUGGAGAACCAGCCCUCAGAGUUUCGUAGAAUAGAUUCUCCUCUUAAACAUCAGCACCGCUGUGUCGCCAUAUUUAAGGACAAGCAGAACAAGCCCACCGGCUUUGCACUGGGAAGCAUUGAGGGCCGAGUGGCCAUCCACUAUAUCAACCCUCCAAACCCAGCCAAAGACAACUUCACCUUCAAGUGCCACAGGUCCAAUGGAACCAACACAGCCACUCCACAGGACAUCUACGCUGUGAAUGCUAUCUCCUUCCACCCUGUGCACGGCACGCUGGCCACUGUGGGCUCAGACGGGCGCUUCAGCUUCUGGGAUAAAGACGCUCGCACCAAGCUGAAGACCUCGGAGCAGCUCGACCAGCCCAUUACAGCCUGUUGCUUCAACAACAACGGCAACAUCUUUGCCUAUGCCUCCAGUUACGACUGGUCAAAGGGCCACGAGUACUACAACCCUCAGAAAAAGAACUACAUCUUCCUGAGGAACGCCGCCGAGGAGCUGAAGCCUCGGAACAAGAAAUGAUUCAUCGUGCCAAGUCGCAUCAGUUGUGGGGAAACGCGGAAGACCUGCUGCUUUAGUGUGUGUAUACGCUCAAGACAGAGACACCUUCCUUUCGGCAAACACCUGGACCAAUGCCGUGACACUGCAUACUGUGCAUGGACCAAUCAGAGGGGCCUAUCCAACCCGGCGUUGAUGACAGCUGCGUGACAAUUGGUCUCAGAGGUCAUCAGGGGGGUUAAUUUGUCAUUCAUCUUGAUGUUUUGGGUUUUUUUAUCAUUGUGUGCAGCUCCUUAUUUUUUUACACAGCUUUCCAAAGACUUUACGUUCUCUUUUGAUUUGCUGUUUCUCCGUGGUGUAGUUCGAAAACUGAAAACUGAAAACUGAAAUGUGAAAUAAAUAACAUUGCGCAUACUCUUAGAUUUUUACAUGUUUAUUCCAACCUGAGGGAGUCAGUACGUUAGAAAACAAAAACAAAAAUGUUGUGGCCACUGUAUAUGUGUUUGUUGGGGACUUUACUUGGCGGAACUGUAUUUUGCAUGCUUUACCAUGGACUACUAGACCACGAUCUCAUAUUCCAGCUGUACAACUCCUUUCUUCAUGCAUGUGGGUCUCUCCUUAACAUUGGAAUCGCCGCAAAAUCAAAUGGAUAACACUGAACAACGACUGUAUCACAAUGA